CUGCAAUUUUUUUUCUGCUUAUGUGUUUUCUAUUUGAUACCAAUUUUUCUCAGUUUUUAUUGAAUUUUUUCACAACUGUUUAACGUUACUGAAAAUUGUUUGUACUUUGAAAAUUUUUUUUAAAUUCUUAUUUUCAAAAUGACAAGUUCCACUGGUGGUAUUAAAUGUACACUGAACAAGUGCCAUUCUGUGUACAACAAGAAUGCUGUGGGAAAUCAGAAAUCUUUUUUUAAUUUCCCUAAAGAUCUUAUAAAGUGUAGUCUGUGGAUUAAAAAAUGUUUUCCAGUUUCUUUACCAACCACAGACACUAGUGAUAUUGCGAAAAGAUAUAAGUUGUAUUCACUUAAUUUUGAGAAUAAUAUGUUUAGCAACCUUCAAAAGAAUAGGCUUUAUCCUCAUGCUGUACCAAAUUUAUUUGAAAAUACUAUCUUUGAACAAAAUUUGAAUACGGCAUCUUCACCAACAACUAUGGUGGUUGAAUUAUCUAGUAUUGUGUAA